CCGCUAUAUAAAGCCCCACCCAUCCCCUCCGCUGCCCAAGACAUCUCCAUCACCCAAACGAUAUACACACAAUGGCUUUCUCUUCUUCCACCAAGCUUCUCCUCAUCACGGCCUUCUUCGCACUGGCCUCGUGGCAACAGGUCAUCGCCUUUGAUCCUAGCCCUCUCCAAGACUUCUGUGUGGCUGACAUGAAAUCGCCUGUGCGUGUGAAUGGGUUUCCAUGCAAGGACCCGAUGGCCGUCACCCCGGACGACUUCUUCAACGCGGCCAUGCUCGACCAGCCACGGAACACCAUGAACAAGUUCGGCUCCCUCGUCACCAACAUCAACGUCACGCAGUUCCCGGGCCUCAACACCCUCGGCAUCUCGUACGCGCGCAUCGACUACGCGCCACUGGGCGUCAACACGCCCCACCUCCACCCCCGCGCCACCGAGCUCCUCACCGUGCUCGAGGGGACGCUCUACCUCGGCUUCGUCACCUCCAACCCUAACAGGCUCUUCUCCAAGGUGGUCAAGAAGGGUGACGUGUUCGUGUUCCCCAAGGCGAUGAUCCACUUCCAGAUGAACCUGGACCAUGAGAAGCCUGCGGCAGCGCUGUCCUCGCUCAGCAGCCAGAACCCAGGGGUUAUUACCAUUGCCAGUGCGGUCUUUGGAUCGAAGCCGCCCAUCUCGGACGAUGUUUUGGCCAAGGCGUUCCAGGUCGAGAAGAAACUCAUAGAUUGGCUGCAGAAUCAGUUCUGGGAGAAUACCAACUACUAAUGAUCCUUGACUAAUGUAAUACAGUAUGUGAAAUAACUGGCGUGUGGUUGCCAGCGAGCCGUGGUUUGAAAGGUUCUGGUGGAGCGUGCUUUUUUUUUUUACUUUUCACUGCUUGAUUGAAAAAUAAAGUAUAUGGAAUAUAUUUACUUGUGUAAGUUUUUUUUCUUCG